AUGACCGUGGCCACGGACGACAAAGGCUACGAUGAGUGCGGGCAUGAGACGUUCGAGAUGGCCGGCGGCAGCAACGACGUCGACGCCCUGAUCCAGGAUAUGGAGCAGCAGCUCGAGGCCAGCGGCGGCCUGGAGACGGGCUUCUUCAACGUCGAGUUCAAGGACCCACACCACUUCACCUGGCUCCUUGUGGCCUUUGCCAGCAUGGGCGGCCUGCUGUCCGGCCUGGACCAGAGCCUCAUCUCGGGCGCCAACCUGUACCUGCCCAAGGACCUCGGGCUCUCGGAGCGGCAAAACAGCCUUGUUAACUCGGCCAUGCCCCUGGGCGCCGUUGGCGGUGCGUUGCUCUUGUCGCCGUCCAACGAGUGCUUGGGCCGUAAGGGUGCCAUCAUCAUCUCCAUCGUACUCUACACCAUUGGUGCCGCGCUCGAGGCCGGCUCCAUCAACUUUGGCAUGAUUGUGUCCUCGCGCGUCAUCCUCGGCCUGGGCGUCGGCCUCGAGGGCGGCACGGUCCCGGUUUACGUCGCCGAGACCGUGGAGCGUCGCAUUCGGGGAAAUCUGGUGUCGCUUUACCAGUUCAACAUUGCUCUCGGCGAGGUGCUCGGAUACGCUGUCGCGGCCAUGUUCCUCAAGGUUCCCGGCAAUUGGCGAUACAUUCUUGGAUCGUCGCUCGUCUUCUCGACCAUCAUGUUCUUCGGCAUGCUUUUCCUCCCCGAGAGUCCGCGGUUCUUGAUGCACAAGGGCAAGACACUCGCCUCGUACAAGGUCUGGAAACGCAUUCGAGGCAUUUCCUCUCCCGAGUCGCGGCAGGAGUAUUUCGCAAUGGCCGCGACCGUCCGGCAAGAAGAGACCGAAGUCAACGAAGGCGCCCAGAACCGUCGGUUCCCCUGGAUGGAUUUCUUCACUGUCUCCCGCGCACGUCGAGCUCUCGUGUAUGCCAACAUCAUGAUCCUUUUGGGCCAGCUCACGGGAAUCAACGCCAUCAUGUACUACAUGUCCGUCUUGAUGAACCAGAUCGGCUUUGAUGCAGAGCAGGCCAAUUACAUGUCCCUGGUCGGCGGCGGAUCCCUGAUGCUGGGCACGAUCCCGGCCAUCUUCCUCAUGGAGACGUGCGGCCGGCGCUUCUGGGCCAUCACGAUGUUACCCGGCUUCUUCAUCGGCCUGGUCCUUAUUGGCAUCAGUUAUCAGAUCCCCAUUUCUACGCACACAGUGGCCGUUGAGGGCCUGUACCUGGCCGGGCUUAUCAUCUACAUGGGAUUUUUCGGCUCUUACGCUUGCCUGACUUGGGUGAUUCCGUCUGAAGUCUACCCCACGUAUCUGCGAAGCUAUGGAAUGACAACGUCGGACGCUCUGCUAUUCCUAGCUUCGUUCGUCGUCACCUACAACUUCACCGCCAUGCAAAACGCCAUGACACGAACGGGCCUGACGCUUGGCUUCUACGGGGGCAUCGCAGUCAUCGGCGAGGUGUACCAAAUCUUGUUCAUGCCCGAGACUAAGAAUAAGACGCUCGAGGAGAUUGAUGCCGUGUUUUCUCGCCCGACAAUGGACAUUGCGUGGGAGAACUGGGUGGGAGUCAAGCAGAACGUGACGGAUCUCUGCAACGGGCGCUUCCGCAAGGUCUUUGUUGCGCAGAUAGAGAGACGGCCGAGCUUGACUGAGAAAGUGGCUGCGUAG